AUGACGGAAACCUCCGAUAUCCAGCUGAAAAGUGUCAAUUUUUCCAAUGGGAAUGGUGUGGACAACCCAGCAUUUGACUCGCAGGAGGACAUCCUUUCUAAUGAUGUCAAAAAGGAACCAAAAAGUGGAUUUAAUAAAUAUCUAAGCCAAGUCUCCAAGCCUUUCUCCAAAGCAGAGACUGCCUUAAAAUCUCAUUCACAGACCAUCAAGUACAUUGUGCUGGGAAUACUGGGAGCAGGUUAUGUGGCAUAUUUCAUCGCUGCCUGCGUACUAGACUUUAACAGGGCCAUUGCUCUGGUAGUCCUGACUAGCCUAGCUGUCUUCUUUGCCAUUUAUGGUCUUGUGAAGCGCUACAAAGGAGACAGCAUCAAAGAGUGCUUCAAACCAGCUGGGCGAUGCUUCAAGGCCAACCUUUGGUGGAUGAAAUGCGUGUUCAUUGUGGUCGCCCUGGGGUUGCUGGUGGCAUGGCUCGUGGUGGACACGUCCAAAAGGCCGGAGCAGCUCAUCUCCUUCGGCGGGGUCUGCAUGUUCAUCGUUAUCCUCUUCAUUUUCUCGGCCCAUCGGCGAGCAGUGCCAUGGCGGGCUGUGUUUUGGGGGCUUGGAUUGGAAUUCGUCAUUGGCCUGUUUGUCAUAAGAACCGAGCCAGGCCUGAUUGCCUUCCAGUGGCUUGGAGAACAAGUACAGGUAUUCUUGAACUACACCCUAGCUGGAUCAUCGUUUGUGUUUGGAGAAAAUCUUGUCAAAGAAGCCUUUGCAUUUCAGGCGUUGCCCAUCGUCAUAUUUUUCAGCAGUGUAAUGUCUGUCCUUUAUUACCUCGGGGUAAUGCAGUGGCUGAUUGUUAAGAUCGCGUGGGUCAUGCAGAUAACCAUGGGAACCUCACCCACAGAGACCUUGAGCGUCGCAGGCAACAUAUUUGUUGGACAGACUGAAGCUCCGCUCCUGAUCCGGCCCUACCUGGCAGACAUGACCAAAUCCGAGAUCCAUGCCGUCAUGACCGGGGGCUUCGCCACCAUCGCGGGAAGCGUGAUGGGGGCCUACAUCUCGUUUGGGAUCGAUGCCGCCUCCUUGAUCUCGGCCUCUGUGAUGGCCGCGCCUUGUGCUCUGGCUCUUGCCAAGCUCUCCUACCCCGAGACCAGGGAGAGCAAGUUCAAGACCGAGGGAGAAAUCAAAGUGGACUGUGGAGAUCAGCAGAACCUUUUGGAAGCUGCCAGUAAUGGAGCGUCUGCGUCUAUUGGCCUGGUGGCUAAUAUUGCUGUUAAUCUGAUUGCUUUCCUUUCAAUCCUGGAGUUCAUUAACGCUGCCCUCCGGUGGCUGGGAGGCAUGGUUGGAUAUCCUGACAUCACCUUUCAGAUGAUCUGCUCCUAUGUAUUCAUGCCUGUGGCUUUCAUGAUGGGCAUCCCCACUCAGGAGGCGUUUGUAGUGGCAGAGCUCAUUGGCAUAAAGCUCUUCCUGAAUGAAUUUCUAGCCUAUGAGAGGCUGUCUGAACUGAAGAAUAACAGGAUCAAUGGUUUGCCUGCUGUCGAUGGUACAACUAGACAGUGGAUCUCAGUCCGGUCGGAGACCAUCUGCACAUUCGCGCUCUGCGGAUUUGCGAAUUUCAGCUCUCUUGGAGUCAUGAUUGGAGGACUGUCUUCCAUAUCCCCAUCCAGGAGAGGGGACAUCUCCAAGGUGGUGAUGCGGGCCCUGCUGACUGGAACUUGCGUGUCUCUUGUUAACGCUUGUAUUGCAGGUAUUUUGUUCGUGCCCCCCCUUGAUUGUGUGGAUGUGUUUCGAAAUUCUGUCUUCAACAGCACCUUUUCAAACAUCACAACCUGCUGCUCAGAUCUCUUUGGAAGCACGACCUUGAACAAUGGGACUGCCUUGUUCGAAGGGACUUGGGACAAAGUGCAGAACGUCACCAUAUACUUAAACAAAUGUUGUGAUCUUUACAAUAAUCCUGUGUGUCCCUAGGCCUUUCUUUGA